AUGGUACCUGCUACUUUUCCCCAAUCAAAUGAUUUUGCCAUAAAACCGGCCAAUCAGCGUCCAUGUGCUCGAAUACUCCUCCUCAAUCCUCAAAUGCUGUACCACGAUGCCGCGCAGUACUGGUUGCAAACUGAAAUGUCAGAAUGUGGUACAAGCGUUGAAGUAGAUUCUGGCCUAACUUACACAAUUAUUAAAUGUACGAAGGGUUCAUUUCAUCAGGGUCACGAAAAAUUUAGCUAUACAAGAGGAAUCCAAUGUACCUGCAUAUCAUUAUAUGCAUCUCUCUUUUCACUUUUUAAGCAUGUCUCGCGAUGGACAAAAAAUGACAUCAAUUGUGUUCUUGAAAAGGGUGAUAAUUUGUACAAACUGCAAAAUACAACUCAAUUUUUAACAUGCACUGAACUACCUAGAACUGUUUCACUUGAAGGUGUAAAUAUGGAUGUAAAUUUUGACCAUAACUGUUUUGGUUUUUUUGUGACUUCAAGUGCUACUUCUAUUAAUGAGUUGAUUUCUAAUUUAAGGUCAAAUUUAAACAAUAAAACAAGAAUUAUAUUUAUUAUCAAUGGUGUUGCAGUGUCAAUUUUAAAAUGCAAUCGUCAUUAUUACAUUAUUGAUUCUCAUUCAAGAGAUGCUAAUGGUAGACCAUGCCCAGAUGGUACUGCUGUUGUGUUAAAGUUUAUUAAUUUGUUUGAAGUCGCAAAAUAUAUAUCAAAGUUUAUCUCGAUUUCUGUAGAGAAUGUGACAGAAGCUGAUAAAGCUGUUAUACUUGAAGGCCAUAAAGCCCCUUUUUUAAAAGUUGUUUCUAGUCCAAAGAAAAAGUUUGACAACAAAUCUAACUCAGCUACAAAUUGUAAAAAUUUAUCAUUUUUAUUAGACACUGUUGACACUAGCAUUAAGGGUUUUCGGCAACAAAUAUUUGAAGGACCAAGUUAUGUAUGUGUUAUAUGUGGGCGAUGUUUGUAUAAAAAAUCUGUUGUAGUGUUUGAUCCUUUAAAAUGCAGUGAAAUAGGUAACAAAAUAUAUAAGAAUAUUCAAAUAGAAAAUGGCUUAUUGUAUAUUUGUAAUACAUGUAAACAAAAGGUUAAAAACGGUAAAGUUCCUUGUCAAGCGAUGGCUAAUAAAUUAUAUGUCAAUGAUAUUCCGAAUGAACUUAAAUGCUUAAAUAAGUUAGAGGCAGUGCUUAUAUCGAAGAGAAUUUUAUUCAAGAAAAUUGCAAUAAUGUCAAAGGGUCAAAUGCCAAAAGUUAAAGGUGCUAUUUGUAAUAUUCCUGUUGACGUUGACAACACCUGCAAUUCACUUCCUAGGAAUAUUGAUUCUUCUGGUAUACUCUUAGUUAAAUUGAAAAAAAAAUUGCAAUUUAAUGGCCAUGUCUAUUAUGAGCCUGUUUCGCCUGCGAAAGUUGGAGAGGCUUUAACUUAUUUGAAAUUAAACAACAAAUUGUAUAGUGAUGUACAUAUCAAUGUAGCAAAUAUUUCUGAAGAAUUGCUUAAUUUACAUGUUGAUGAAGAAAUAUGCAUUGAAUUAGAUAGUAGUACUGUCAAUGAUAAUUUAGAGACUGAUUCUAAUCCGUUGGAUUCUUUUCGCCAACAAGCAGGGGAAAUGUGUAUUAUUCCAGAACAUCUUACAACUGAAAUAUUUGAGAUUGCACCUGGUGAAGGACAAGUGCCAACAAGUAUUUUAAAUGAUCAAUAUUGUGAAGAGCUUUCCUUCCCUAUUCUUUUUAGUUUGGGUGAAUUCGGAUAUAAAGUAGAAAGAGAUGUAAAACUUUCACCAGUAAAGUAUUUUAACCAGAGGUUAUUACACUAUAAGCAAACAUUUGCAUCUUCAUCAGAUUACAUUUUCUUUGUUCAAUUCGUUUUGCAACAACUAAGUUUUAACAAUCAGAUUUCCAUUGCAAUGCGCAAGAGUUCUGCCAAUGUAACGGCAGGUAUGUUACAACAAGGAUAUUCUGAAACUAUACAAUCACUAGUUUCAACAAACAAAGCUUUUGUUUUCAUGAAUCAGAUAAAAGGUACACCUGCCUAUUGGAAAAGAUUUCAACUUGAAGUCUUGGCCAUAAUUCGACAACUUGGUUGUCCCACAUUUUUUCUCACUUUGUCUUGUGCCGAUUUACAAUGGGACGAGCUUGUCAGCAUCAUUUCUAAACUUGAUAUGAAUCCCCUUUCUGAGGAAGCUAUAAGCAACUUGACUUACUUUGAAAGAUGCGAAAUACUUAACAAAAACCCUGUAUUAGUUGCAAGGCAUCUUCAAUAUAGAGUUGAACUACUUUUUCGAAAUGUACUAUUGAGAACAAAUCUUUUAGGGGAAAUUUUAUAUUAUGCUAUACGUGUGGAAUUUCAAUUUCGUGGAACUCAACAUACUCAUUCCUUCAUUUGGGUUAAAGAUGCGCCUACACUGACAGAGAGCAAUAUUUCUAACUACAUUAAUUUUUUAGACUUUACAACCCAUGCUUACCUACCACGAGAAAAGAAUGAGUUAUACAAUUUAGUGAAAAAAUACCAGACUCACAAACAUUCAAAAUCUUGUCGCAAAUACAAAAACACACCAUGUAGGUAUAAUUUUGGCAGGUUUUUUACUCAAAGGACUAUUGUAGCAUGUCCAAUUUCAAGUAAAAAAACAACUGAGGAACAAUUUAAUGAUUUGACAGAGCGAAAUAAUAUAUUAAGCAGGGUAAAGACGUAUAUAAAUGAGUAUUUAGAUCCCAGCAAGCAAGGUUACAACGGUGAUUCCAUAAGUAUAAGUGACAUCCUUAAUGAAUUAAAUAUAGUAGAAAAAGAUUACUAUCACGCUUUGUCAAUUUCAAGUUCAACAGAUUAUGAAAUACACUUAAAGCGUCCUCCAGAUUCUUGCUUCAUUAACAACUAUAACCCUUAUAUUUUAAAAGCUUGGCAGGCUAAUAUGGACAUACAACCAGUGUUCAAUUACUAUAAAGCGGUAUCAUAUAUGUGUUCAUACUUUUCGAAAUCAGAGUCUGAAUCAUCUCAGGCUCUUAUUCAAGCAAGUAAGGAGAUACAAUCAAUGAAACUGCGUACCAGGGAAGCUAUGUACAAAUUGGCAUCUGCUUAUGCCACAUCAAGACAAAUGUCCUUGCAAGAGGCUGUAGUGUUUAGUUUACCAGAACUUUGGUUACGAAAAUGCUUUCCAAGAACAAUUUUUGUUAAUACUAAUAUUCCAACAGAACGAAUCAGAUUAUGCAAACCAAAGGCAUUGUUAAAUGAACUUGAUUCAGAAAGCACUGAUAUAUAUGCAAAAAAUAUGAUCGAUCGUUACAUGGAUAGACCUGAUAGUAACUUUUGUUCAGGACGUUAUGCAUCUGUUGAUGAUAUGUGUCUUGCUAUGUUUUUAUCUCAUUAUUGUGUCAAAAAUGAUAAAAUUGAUAAUGAGUUUUUAUGUGAUUUUCAACCUCUUAUACUUACAGCAGAUAUUUCAGAGAAUUCUCAAGCUGGCUGUAAUUUUCCCAGUAUUAUACCAUUAAUGUCAUGCAAGGAAAAGUUAGUUUGCAGGAAAGUUAGACAAAUUUUGCGUUAUUCAAUCCCAAACAAUGAUUUGUUCCCCGAAAGGCAUGCUCAUUAUCUGUUGUUCUUGUUUCUCCCCUUUCGUUCAGAAACAGAAUUGCUUAUUAAUAAUAGUUACUGUGAAAAACUGUUACAACAUGGAGUCUUAGAUGUUGUGACUGUAAAUAGAAGUAUUUUUGAACCUUUUUCUGAUGAUGUAAAUGCUGCAUAUAUGAGGAUGAGUGCAUCUAAUAAUGUAAUGAUUGAAGAUACAAUUGUAACUGAACAAACUGAUCAGUUGAAUUUAGAGGAAGUCUAUCAACAGCCAGUUUUGUUUAAUUCAGUUUCUAAUAAUUCUAUCAGUUCUAAUAAUUUAAUAAGUGAUGAUACCUUAAGGCAGAAUAUACGGUCAUUAAAUCAACAACAGCGCUUAUUUUUUGAUUUUUUGUAUGAAUGGGCAAAUAACAAAGUAAAGCAGCAAAAUUGUAAUUCUUUCAGAAGGGUAGAACCUCUUCAAGUUUUCGUUACUGGUGGUGCAGGUGUAGGAAAAUCUUACCUAAUAAAUACUAUUUAUCAAUCUUUAUCAAAGCUGUUUAACUUAUAUUUAGGUACACCUGAAAAAUGCAAGGUAUUAAAAGUAGCACCUACAGGUGUUGCAGAUAUUAACAUAGAUGGAACCACCAUCAACUCUGCUUUUGGAAUUCCUAAAUCAAAAUCUUUGAAUUUACACAAUUUGAGUGACAACCUUCGUUGCAAAUUUAGAGACAAAUAUUCGCAUCUUAAUGUUGUUAUAAUUGAUGAAAUCUCCAUGGUUUCAAAUGUUAAAUUAUAUCAUAUACACAAAAGACUGUGCGAAAUAUUCCAGAUGAGUCUUGAUAACCCAUUUGCGAAUAAGACCAUAUUGGCUGUAGGUGAUCUAUACCAACUUCCUCCGGUUCAAGAGGCUAAGAUAUUCACUCCAUUUAAACAUGACUUUCUUAAUAUUUGUCAUCCAUGGAAAUCAUUUAAACUGUAUGAGCUAUCUGAAAUUAUGAGACAGCAAGGAGAUGAUAGUUUCAUAAAACUUCUAAAUAAUGUACGCAUUGGAGAAGUAGGUGACAAAGAUUUGUUACUUCUUAAUUCACGAAUUGCAAAAAACAUACCAGUUGACUCGAUAUAUUUAUUUGCAGAAAAUAGUUUAAAAGACCAACUGAAUUUGUCAAAACUUAGUAAAUUAGAAGGUGAAAACAUUGUCAUUAAUUCCCUUGACAAAUUUCCUGAAAAUGUAUCAAUAUCAAAAAUCAAUCAAGCUUUGGACAGAAAUGUAAGUCAGACAAAUGGACUAUGUAAGUCAUUAAUUAUAAAGAGAAAUGCUUUGAUAAUGCUAACUAAUAAUAUUGAUAUCGAUGAUCGACUUAUCAAUGGUCAAAUUGGUCUUGUUCGUGAUAUACAAUAUAACAAUGAUGGAACCAUCCAAACUAUUUUUGUCAAAUUUAAUGACCAUCAAGCUGGAAUACUAAAAAUGCGAUCUAACCAGUAUGCAUUUGAAACUCAUACAGUCCCAAUUAAAAGAAUACAAGCCAGUAUCCCAGUUUCAAUGUCAUCAGUGUCCAGCCCUGCAAUUUCUAGAACACAAUUUCCCAUCAUGUUAGCAUGGGGUUGUACUGUACAUAAAGUGCAAGGUUUAACUUUACCUAAUGUAGUGGUUUCAUUCAAGUUAUUAAAACAAAAAACUUUUAACUUCGGUCAGAUCUAUGUAGCUUUGAGCAGAGUAAAAAAAUUGGCCCAUAUUCACAUUGAGGGUAUACCAACAUUAGAAGCAUGCAGAGCUGAUCCUAAGGUUUCAGAAGAAUACACCAGACUAAAAACUGAAUCUGCUUUGUCAAUUGACAAAAUACAACCUCUUGCAGACACCUUUCAAUUUGCAUUGCUAAACAUUAGGUCACUGUCCAAACAUGCUCUUGACUUAAGUCACGACAUUCGACUAACUAAUGCAGAUGUUGUAUGCCUAACUGAGACACAGUUGUUAGAUAAUUCACUUCAUCCAACCUUGCAAGAGCAUUUUUUAGAGCAUGACUUAUUUUUGCAUAACAAUACAGAUCGAUUUAAAAGCUUAGCUUUUCUUAAAAAACAAUAUCUUCAAUGUAAUAUUUUGCGAUUGCAAAGUGCUCUAUAUCUCGAGUUUUUUUCAACCAGUGACCAUUUUAUCUCACUAAUUUUGUUUUAUAAAAGUAACAAUUGCCACCCACAGCGUUUUGCAGAUUAUGUUUCAAAUCUUGUAGAACUUCAUAAACCAGAUUUUGUGUUAGGAGAUUUUAAUUCAAAUGCACUCUGUGACAUACUUCCACCUGUUCUUACUAGGAUGAAUGAAUUAAAUUACAAACUUUUGGUCACCGAGCCAACGCAUAUACUUGGUGGUCUUAUAGAUUAUGUAUAUGUAAAUAAUGAAUUUCACAAUAUUGAAAAUUUGUCUGUUGCUAUUAUACCUGUAUAUUACUCAGAUCAUUGUGCAAUUUCUGUGCAAAUCAAACAUUGGUAG